AUGAUUCCUUUCGUCCAAGUAUUCAACUCUCUUUCCAAGCUGUCAUCAACGUCAGGCUCGGUGGAUAUGAGAUCAUUCAUUCAAUGUUUCCACUUGCAAGGAAUCCUAUCGCGUAGACUGUUUGCAAUAUUAGAUACUGACAAAGAUAACCGAUUGAGUCAGGAAGAAUUUAUAGGUCGUGAAGGUAUUAUAGAAUCGGAUAUGCUAACAGUCCUUAAAUCAGUAAUUCUUCAUGGCAAAGAUCCCAACUUGAAUCUGAAUAUUGAAGAUAUAAUGAGGGAUGCAUACCAUACAUACCACAAGAAUCAUUCAACAACCGCAAAUAAUAAUACCAGCUGGCAAUUUGGAAGAAAUGGUUUACCCCCUCUUAAAAAACAAAACUGGAUACAUCAAAACAGACCAGAAGAUCAAAAACUUAUUAGUGAAACAAAUAAAUCCAUAGUGCCUCGAUCUUAUUGGAUUUAUAAAGCCAGCCAAUAUGAUCUAUCGCCUGAACUACGCAGCCAACAUUCUGCUUGUUAUUACAAUGGUUGUAUUUAUGUCUAUGGUGGAAGAACAAAAUAUUCAACUCUAAGAGAUUUUUGGAAAUUUAAUUUAUUUAAUGAAAAUUGGGAAAAUGUCCAGCCUAGAAACGAUUAUUCACCAUCAUCUCGACAUGGGCAAACGACUGUAGUUUAUAGAAACAAAUUAUAUUUAUUUGGUGGUCAAUUUAGUGAUCAAGAUGAAGCUUCAUUUUGGAUUUAUAACUUUGAAUUUAAUUUAUGGUCUCCAUUUGAACCGGAUGGUAGCAUGAUUCCUUCUACUAGACGAAAUCAUACAGCAUCUAUUAUAAAUGGGGCUAUGUACAUUUUUGGUGGCUAUAUUGAUUUUAGAGGCUCUACAAAUGAGCUUUGGUCAUAUGCUUUCGAAUCAGAUACCUGGGAAUUAGUCUAUCCGCUUGAUUACAAAGAUAGUAAUAGUCCACUUGGUCGUUACGCUCAUUCUACAGUUGUACAUGAUAAUGCACUUUGGAUAUUUGGCGGCUUGAAUGAUUUAAAUGUUACAAAUGACUUGUGGAAAUGGGAUAUUCUACAACAACAGUGGAGACGUAUUAAAUCGAAAUCUGGGCCCCCACCACUCUGUAAACAUUCUGCAGUUAAGACGAGUCACGGAAUGGCAAUACUUGGUGGUGAAAGUUACGGAGUUAUAAUGACCGACUUAUGGUUAUUUGAUUUUGGAACAACUCAUUGGCGUAAAAUACAGUUAGAUCGUACUGGUAUUGAAAUUCCUUUGCCUUAUUCCCGUCAUGUUUUACUAUCGAUAUCAUCCUUUAUGCUACCAGCUCAAUUGAAUCAAUCGAGUUGGUUAGUUCAUUUAAGGCCCGGCUCUUCGCCAGCUUCUUUUCUUUCCGAUAAUACAGGCGAAAACCAUGAAAAGUUAGUUGCUAACUUAUCUACCCCUCAUAUUCAACGGCUUUCUGUUGCUCCAGCUAAUAGCCGAUUAGGAGGGAAUUAUUCUCCCGAUGCAUUAUCUAUAGUAUCAGGCGAUAGCCAGCAAUCAACAACAUCGGAUUCACAAGAGCAAGAAACGAAUUCCUAUCAAGAGCCACCCAUUCCCACGGGUAUGACUUGUUUUUAUGUCCUUGGUAGCCAUGAAAUCAUGGAUCCCAAUAAAGCUGCAAGCAAAUCACUGGACAUUUGGAAAUGCUAUUUUAAUUCGAUUUAG